AUGGCUCAAUCAAGUCAUCGCGAUGACUUCUUUCAAACCACAGCUUCCCUUGAUGAGCAAAAACGCAAGGAUGCCAAGUCACAAAAUACCAACGGAAACCCUAUUCGGCUCCAGAGCAAGAUUCUGGCUGUCGCUGCUGAUCCCUUAAGCAACAACGCCGUCUUCGUGGCUCAGAGUGGUGGAACAGUGCGCAAGGUCGUACUCGAAACCGGAGAAACCGCAGCCAUCUACAAGGGCCCAACUGCACCGAUUACGAGUCUAUGCUUUUCGCCCAACGGCCGCCUAUUGUUCGCUGGGUGCUGGGAUAAGACCGUUUGGAGUUGGGAUGUAACUACGAAGGAACGCCAGCUGCGCUAUGAAGGCCACACGGACUUUGUCCGGUCCGUCAUCAGCACGAGACUACGUGGACAAGAUGUUCUGGUUUCGGGCGGCGCCGAUGCGCAAAUAAUAGUGUCCGACAUCGCGACUGGACAACGAUUGGCCGUGCUGAAAGGCCACGCCAAGGGGAUUCAAGAUUUGGCCUUUGAUCCCAUCUCGCUGGACUCGGACAGCCCAGAGCCGAUUGUGUUCAGUGCUGGAAGCGACAGAGAGAUUCGACAAUUCGACAUCUCUAAGGGCAGCCAAGACCUAACCGGUACCGCUGCAAUCCUGGCUCACGAGACCAACGUGCAUAAACUGUUCUUCGACCAGGAUGCCGAUCUAUGGACUGCGUCAGCCGACAAGACUACCAAGUGCUUGAGUCGAGACGACGGCUGGAAGCCCAACACAACCCUGGACCAUCCCGACUAUGUGCGUGAUGUGGUGGUUUACGAGCAAGGUGGGUGGGUGGUCACAGCGUGCCGUGAUGAAGAGGUCCGCGUGUGGAAUCGAUCGACCGGGCAACUCUACCAUACCUUCUCUGGACAUUACGAAGAAGUGACAGGACUAGUACUGGUGGGUACCACAGUCGUCAGUGUCAGUAUAGAUGCUACUAUCCGACAGUGGUCUCUGAAGCCCGAUGAGCUUCAGACGGCAGUAGCCAUGGCACAAAAGACCUCGACCGAGGAUGAAGAGCAGCCCACCAACCCCGGGUCGAUGCUUACCGAAGAGGAGGAGCGGGAGCUUGCCGAGCUGAUGGGCGAGGAUUGAGACUACUCUAUGAGACUACUCCAAGAAUGACCGUCACGACUAAACUUCCAAGCGAUAUGAUU